AUGGCUCUGCAGGAUGUGUGCAAGUGGCAGGCCCCCGACACCCGAGAAGCCUCACCUCACCUGCCUCAGGCUGGUGGCUGGGCUCUGCCCCAGGGCUGGGACCCUCAAACCUUCCUGCAGAUCCAUGGCCCCAGGCUGGCCCAUGGUACCACCACCCUGGCUUUCCGCUUCCGCCAUGGAGUCAUCGCCGCGGCUGACACGCGGUCCUCCUGUGGCAACUACGUGGCCUGUCCGGCCUCACGCAAGGUCAUCCCUGUGCAUCGGCACCUCCUGGGCACCACCUCUGGCACCUCGGCCGACUGCGUCACAUGGUACCGGGUGCUACGGCGGGAGCUGCGGCUGCGGGAACUGAGGGAGGGUCAGCUGCCCAGCGUGGCCGGCGCCGCCAGACUCUUAUCAGUCAUGAUGUCGCGCUAUCGGGGGCUGGAUCUGUGCGUGGCCACUGCCCUGUGCGGCUGGGACCGUUCCGGCCCUGCCCUCUUCUACGUCUACAGCGACGGCACCUGCCUGCAGGGGGACAUCUUCUCGGUGGGCUCUGGAUCUCCCUAUGCCUAUGGUGUGCUAGAUGGCGGCUACCGCUAUGACAUGAGCACCCAGGAAGCCUACGCCCUGGCCCGCCGUGCUGUGGCCCAUGCCACCCACCGUGAUGCCUACUCGGGGGGCUCCGUGGACCUCUUCCACGUGCGGGAGAGUGGAUGGGAAUAUGUGUCCCACAACGAUGCCUGGGUGCUGUACUCGGAACUGCGGGAGCUCCCAGGGCUGGGGCCAGAGCAGGAACGGGAGGAGGAGGCCACCCCGGACAGAGCCGGUGAAGGCGGAGGACCGUCUGUGGCGCCAGCCCCGGGGGACUCGAGGAUGCCCACAGAGACGCUGUGA